CGCUUACUAUUCCAUUCCUAUUUUCUCUCUCUGGGUGAAUCAAUCAAGAAAACGGAAGAAGAGUAGUACCAAACCCUCGCGAGAGGGGAAGACCGAGAAUGGGACGACAAGAACAAGACGAUGAAAGCACAGUAAUGAAUGUAACUGCAGAAGAAGAAGAAGAAGAAGAAGACGAAGAGACAUGGAACCACCGAAAGCAGACCCGAAUAACGGAGCUAUCGAGCAAACUAAUCAAUGGAGAUCUCCAGACCCAAAUUGAUGCAGCCAGAGAUAUUCGGAAGCUUGUCAGAAAAUCUUCGGUGAAGAUUCGCUCUAAGUUUGCUGCUGCCGGAGUUAUUCAGCAUCUCGUUUUAAUGCUACUUUCGCCCAAUCUCGAUGCCCGCCACGCCUCUCUCCUCGCUCUCCUCAAUCUUGCCGUUAGAAACGAACGAAACAAGGUCAACAUAGUGACAGCAGGUGCCAUCCCCCCACUUGUGGAACUCCUCAAUUUCCAAAAUAGCAGUUUGAGGGAAUUAGCAGCUGCAGCAAUAUUAACACUCUCUGCUGCAGCACCCAAUAAACCAAAGAUUGCUGCUUCCGGGGCUGCCCCUCUUCUGGUUCAGAUUCUCAUAUCUGGAAGUGUUCAAGGAAAGGUUGAUGCUGUGACAGCCCUACAUAAUCUCUCUAUUGGUGCAGAGGAUUCAAAUUUAAUUCUUGAUGCUAGAGCAGUUCCUCCUCUAAUUGACCUCCUCAAAGAAUGCAAGAAAUAUUCCAAGUUCGCUGAAAAAGCUACAGCACUACUUGAAAUCCUUUCCUACUCUGAGGAAGGGCGAAUUGCAAUUACGAACUUGGAUGGUGGGAUUUUAACUCUCGUAGAGACUGUUGAAGAUGGAUCACUCAUCAGCAUGGAACAUGCUGUUGGAGCUUUACUCUCUUUAUGCAGGAGCUGCCGGGACAGGUAUCAAAAACUCAUUCUCAAAGAAGGUGCUAUCCCUGGCCUUCUGCGACUAAAAGUAGAGGGUACUUUUGAAGCUCAAGAGAGAGCACGUACACUCUUAGACUUGCUUAGAGAUACGCCACAGGAGAAGAUAGUGGCUUCAUCAGUUUUGGAGAAGAUUGUUUAUGAUAAAGUUGUACUAGUCAAUGGAACAGAUAAAGCUGCUGAAACUGCAAGGAGAUUACUACAAGACAUGGUUAAAAGAAGCAUGGAGCUCAGCAUGAACCGCAUUCAGCUUAGGGCUGCAUCUUCAACGCCUUCCAAAAUUCCAUCCUCAUGAGGUUUCCCUAUCUCACUCUAGAUGGUAUUGAAAAAGAUAUCGGGUGGUUGUUUUAUUCUCGAGAUACAUUCUGUUUGUUCAGUUGAAACUCUUGCACCUGGUCUAGCUCGCCCUUCAAAAGGCUGAGAGUAAAAGCAGUCAUCAACAUCACUCCUGCUGAUCAACAAUUUGGAGGUGUUAUCAUGGCUGUUUUGUACGUCUUUGCCUUACCUUGAAUCAUGUAUGUAUAGAAAUCUUACUGUGUACAUUUCGUCUAAUGACAAGUUGGCAGCAGUAGUAGGAAAAGAAAUACUAAUUCGUAACCCCAUGAUGUGCUCCUUGUUAUUACCUAAACAACGUUGUGAGCCAUGAUUGGAGAGUGGAGGAAACACUGAUGCCUCCUGUAAGAUGAAUUUCUUUAUACUGUACAUUGGAAUUUUUAUUUUAUUGUCUUGGCUAUAGAUGUUAUGAGCCAUGUUUUGCAGGCUGA